UGGGUUGAAAAGCACCACGUCGACCUCGCAAGUGCGGGGACAAGCAGAUCCAAAAACAACCCAUCAUCGUCUAUCGAACCACCGCAGUCACGUAGUGGAGGCGCACCAACAUGGCGUUUCCGUUAUUCCGCAACUUCCAUGUUGCUCUCCAAUGCCGAUAUUCUACGUCCAACAUUGCCAGGCGUGCGAUACACACAUUCCGCGAGGUCCGACCUCUCCGCACAUUCAGGAAAGAGCUCCAGGGAUCACAACGGACCGUGGGCUUUGUACCCACCAUGGGCGCAUUGCAUGAAGGCCAUCUCUCAUUGAUGCGCCAGGCAGCAGCCGAGAACACGGAUGUAUUUGUGAGCAUCUACGUCAAUCCCACUCAAUUCGGCGUCAACGAGGAUUUGGACAGCUAUCCCAAGACAUGGAAUGAGGAUGUGGAAAAACUGCAGGCUUUGGACAAGGAACUUGCGACUCGGACUGGCUCGGGUCGCAUCACUGCCAUCUUUGCGCCUACCACAAAAGUCAUCUACCCGACACUGCCGCCGUCUUCUGAGAUCACAGGUCCUGGAUCCUUUGUUACAAUCACACCAUUGGGAAGCCUGCUGGAAGGUGCUUCGCGUCCUGUCUUCUUCCGUGGUGUUGCUACCGUCUGCAUGAAGCUCUUCAACAUUGUCAUGCCCGAGCGGGUCUACUUUGGACAAAAGGAUGUACAACAAACGGUCGUCAUCAGACGUAUGGUCAAGGAUUUCCACCUCGACACAGAAGUGAAGAUUGGACACACUGAACGCGAGGCUGAUGGCCUGGCUUUGAGCUCGAGAAACGUCUACUUGGGUGCCAGGAGAAGAGAAGUCGGUGUGGUCUUGUCUCGUGCUUUGAAGGCAGCCGAGAAGAAGUAUCUACAAGGGAAACGUACCCGCGCGGAUAUUCUUUGGCCUGCGAACGAGGUCUCGACAAGCAAGAUGAUGGAGCAAGACGAUCUACCACCGUCGAAGCGUGCCAGAGUCGAAGUGGACUACAUCUCGUUGGCUGAUCCUGAUACCAUGGAGGAGAUUAAAGUUGUAGAUGCUGCCAAGGGUGCUAUUCUUAGCGGAGCUAUCAAAAUGCUCCCUCUUGAAGAGCCUCAAGAAGGUGAAGACUGUGGACUGGGCGGCGGUGUCGUGCCAGUCAGGCUGAUUGACAACAUUAUUCUUCAGCCCAUAAAUUAGACAACUAAUACAAUAUAGUCACGGCGAUGAGCCAAGAGCAAUGCCCCAACCUAGCAUUGAAUGCUUCGCUUGAGACCAGUCGCUCGUCCAAGCCAUCAUGAACCAACCAAUGGCUAGGUGACCACCAAAGAUAGAAGAUUAACGAACCCGAUCUACACCUAGCCUUGUACUCCAUCGGAGCGUUUUGACAUGCUUAGAAUAUAGAUCAACAGAAUCAACGGAAAGUCGGUGGUUGGUUGUCGCCGGCGAGUGUUGAUGGUUCGCAG